AUGGCAGCGGUAGCUGGAGCCCAGGUUUCUGGGCUGCUAGGUCGUUCCCGGCUGUCGAGCCAGCCUAUGUCGAGUGGUGCCCACAGUGGCGCCCACAGCGAGGAGGGCUCAGAUCGCCUGUGGAAGGCCCUCACCUUCUUCGUGGCGCUCCCCGGGGUGGGAGUGAGCAUGCUGAAUGUCUUCCUGAAGUCGCACCACGGAGAGGAGGAGAGACCCGAGUUCGUCGCCUACCCCUAUAUCCGCAUCAGGUCCAAGCCCUUUCCCUGGGGAGAUGGUAACCAUACACUUUCCAUAACCCUCAUGUGA